AUGACCAUCCACCCCACAUCUUCACGGCGACAACCUCAUUCCACCUCGCAGAGCCUCAAGGUUAACAUCAGCAGCUACAGCUACAGUGAUUGGUAUAGACAUCUAUCUUCCGUCUACGAAUCACCGCACCUCGUCGAAGCCAACUGCCAGAGAGCCACCAUGUUCAAUGCCUCCCAGAAGCUCUUACUGAGCUCGACACCCAGCCUUCAAUUGCGCGCUCUACUGCACCCACCCUUACCUCUAAACCCACGCGAGUCUCAGAAUCUCUUCAAUCUCCUCACCACAUCGUUCCGAAAACACCUCGACAAGGAGCAUGGACCCCUCACAUCUACAACUCCUACAGAUGCAGAACCAGCCCUCAGGAAGGACCCUCGUGCUCCAAGCCAUACACGGCGAAAUUCACAUACCGAAAAGCAUCCCGCAGACCGACAUCUGAGUAGAGUGCUGGACAACCCCCUGUUUAUACCUCUGGGUAUACCUUUGGGCCGUGGCCGACAAAUCCUUCGCAAAGAUCCCAUGCUUGUCUUUGAGGCUGCAGUGGGAAAGGGAAUGAUGGACAUUAGUUCGGCCGCCAAGUGUUUAUGGGCAAAGAAACAACAGAUCGUGCAAUCUCAUGUUUCCAACGUCCAGGACGGAAUGAGGGAUUCAAAGGCCGGGACAACAGUCUUGAAAUGGUUGAUAUCAAGUGGACAAGCGAACAAUCUCGACUUUCUUCGUAACGAGGAAUUUGCUGUCCUUCUUAUGCAAUACAUGAUCGCCGAGGGGAUGCAAGAUGCGUGUUGGGCUUGGAUAAUGAGAAGUUUCAAGGAAAUUCCACACAUCUUUGCAUUGCCUCUCAACUCGGACGAACGGCAGCGUCUCAAGAAGGAUAUUAUGUCACCCUUCUACUUCUUUCUCAGCGCUAUAUCUUCACGGCCCCAUAGCCUGGAUGCUGCAUAUGUUGCCAUGAGCAGAGCUGCCGGAUACCUUGACCAUUUGUCCUUGGAACAAGCGCGAGACGUAUUGGGUGGGUCUGUGUGCUUUAUCAUUAGUUUGACAAAAGCCAUGGGUUGGGACCGCCCACCAGCUUCCGAGACAAAUUAUGAUUCGUUUCUCCGACUCAUACCGACUUCGAGACCACGUUUUAAAUAUGACCUUGCCCACCUUUGGCUCCUUCAUCCCACUCGACCAAGCGUGGACCUUGCACUUGAAAUGCUACGGGAGGUUCAUACAUAUGGAGUGCCGCUCAUUAUCUCACAGUCAAAGAAGGCGAAGGAUUGGCAAGUGAGUAUGGAUAACAGGAUCAUGGGUCUUGGGUUCGAAGCAACAAAGUACUUGCUGAAACAUGAUCGAUAUCGGGAGGCGGACGAGGUUAUGGCAUGCUUACGGCUACAUUUCUCUACCCAAUUGGGAUUGGAGCCGCGGCAACAAGAGAAACUGGUAGAUUCGGAGGCGGAAGCAGCAAGUCUUGAGAUGCUUGACAAUCUCAAAUUUGCAUGA